GUCUCUCGCUUUCGCCUCUUUCUCCCCUCUAAUCACCCCCGCAAUUUGUCGCCAUCAAUUUGUUCUUAUCUGGUGAACGGCGUUUGUGAGGCCGGGUAUCCGCAGAAACGCCCACCACGCUCGACUUCACCGUCUCGAGCUUAACUUUGGCUGUUUGCUUCCGAUGGAGCUCUCCCUCGUGGCUUCUGCCGCUUUCCCGCCGGCCCUCGUCUGUCAGGAGCAUCAUAGGGGCUCCAAGGAAUUUCAAACUCUGCUGCCACUUCAUGGUAGAAAACAAGAUCCAUCAAGAUCUGUUUCCAUUGAGUUUAAUGGACAGCAUUUUGAGAAUUUCCAGCAAUCAAUGCCUCUAUUGUUACAGAAAACCAAAUUAGUGAGACUGUCUCAAAUGAUUGGAAAACCUGUGCUUGUUGAUGUCCAAGGUUCACACCUUGACUCGGUGCUUUUGAGUUUUGGAAUUGUGGAGAAGUGUAUGAAAAAUGAGAAGAUACUAAAGUUACUUGCAGAAGGUGAAGACCUUGCUGCUUCUUUACUUUCAGAAGUUAUGACGCUCGAUGUGUUGCCUUCCCCACAUUUGAAUGACAAACUCUCUCUCCAUGAGGCUGAGAUGGAUGAUUCUUGGGAUCCUCUACAUAUACAAAAGCAGAUCUAUACCCCAAAGCCUCUGUUGUAUUUUGUUGGGAAUUCAUCUGAUACUAAAUACUACACGGUACAUCCAGAUGGAAGGCUCUUGUUUGCAGACAGUGUAGCUCAAAUGGAAGAUCUGCUGUCAAUUGUUACAGAGUUUAGUCUACCAAAACGAACAAUAGUUGGCAUUAAGCAAUUGUUGCUAGUCCCCUACUUCACAAGCAGGAGAAGCCAUGGACGUUCACAAGCUCACAAACUGGUGUCUUCUUCGAUAGGCGCUCCUCCGAAGAGCCCAGAUAAUAUUAAGCUGAAAAUGCUGCCUAAGAAGAAAAAGAACCAAAAAGUCGGAAGAGACCUUUAUAAGAGGAACUAUUUUCAUGCAUGUGAAAGCCUUCUUUCUGUUAUUCUAGACAAGGGGAGCAGCAAAUCCGUCCUCUCUCUAAAGAAAUCAGCCUCUGCCAUUAGCCACCUACUUACACAAAUCUCUGCAGGAAUUGCUGGUACUGGCCUUGCUGUCAUUCUCUCUGUUUUGUGCAAACUGGCUUGGGGAAGGUCACCCUUCUGCUUCUCCAGGCUAUUUCAUACUGCAUUUGGGUUUGGGCUUUUCUGGCUUUCAUGCGCCAUUAAUGGCCUGAGAGACACCAUCAUUUACAUUAGCAGAAACUCAAUCAGGCUGAAUCUUGAGGAGGAAGAGACAACAAGCAUGGUGAAGAGAAGCAUGAAUAAGAUUCUCUUUAGAGCUGCAAUUUUGGUAGCUGUGGCAUUGUUUAGAUUCGCGUAAAGAUUCUUGACAUGUUCUUAUUGCGUAAAGAAUCUAAAUUUUGCAGUUAUUAGGAAUAUUAUCCUGUUAGGUUGUGUAAAAAAAAAAAGUAAUUAGUGGUCUAAAACCAUGUAAAAAAAUUGAGUUUCUUACAUGUAUCGAGCGACUUGUGUUUGUAUUCUC